CCAGCACGGCGCGCGGUCACGAGGCGGCCCUUCAAGCGCUCAGUCGGACGACCCGAAAGCUGGACAGCAGACACGACAGCGAGCGCUCGCCAUGCCUAAGGAGGAACCAGAAGUUUCUGCCCUCAAGCAGGAGCUUGAAAAGCUUAUUUCCGAUAUUCAGGAGAAGCAAAAGGGUGUGAACGAUGCCAAUUUAUCUGAAAAGUCAGGUGAUAUGGCCGAUGCACCGAAAAUUCGCCUUUCCACCAAGAAAAUGCUGAAAGGUCAUAUUAACAAGGUGACCACUUGCCACUUCAGUGGCGACAGCAGACAUGCCGUAACUGGUUCUUUGGAUGGAAAGCUGAUCAUUUGGGACACAUGGACAGGCAACAAGGUCCAGGUCAUUCCUUUGAGGUCAUCUUGGGUUAUGAGCAGUGCCUUCUCCCCUAGCGGUAACUUUGUUGCUUGCGGUGGAAUGGACAAUAUGUGCACAGUGUACGACGUCAACAACAGGGACGCGAGCACCGGCGCUGCCAAAAUGCUGCGCGAGUUGCUUGGUUACGAGGGCUUCCUGUCCUCGUGCCGCUUUAUCGAUGACAACCACCUUAUCACUGGUUCGGGAGACAUGAAAAUUUGCCACUGGGACUUGGAAGCAGGCAAAAAAACGAUGGAGUUCAACGCGCAUUGUGGAGACGUGGUCAGCAUUUCUUUGGCGCCGGAUAACAACUGCUACGUCACCGGAAGUGUGGACAAGACAAGCCGCUUGUGGGACAUACGUGAAGAGAAGCCACAGCAGACCUUCUUUGGACAUGAGGCUGAUGUCAAUUCUGUUUGCUUCCAUCCCUCUGGCCAAGCCUUUGCAACUGGUUCAGAGGACAAAACGGCCCGCCUGUUCGACCUGCGCUCUGACCAGCAGAUUGCCUUGUACAAGGCGCCCUCAGGCACCCCAGGAUUCACCAGCUGUGGACUUUCCAAAUCUGGCCGAAUGGUCCUUUGCGGAAGCGACGACGCCACUGUCCACAGCUGGGACACGAUGAAGAAUGUUCAUUGUGGACAACUCCAGGGACAUGACAACCGCAUCACCUCUCUGUCUGUCUCGCCCAACGGAAUAGCAAUUGUCACCUCUUCAUGGGACAUGAACGUCCGUGUUUGGGGUUAACUCUGAAGCCAGACAAAGACCACCGAGAAUGUGAAGGGGAAAGAAUAUCGCUGCUCCGACUAAAUUAAGGCUGUAAUAAUUCUUUAUUUAUUCAGAAUAUUUCAAAAUAAUUUUGCGUUACUCUACUUCGAUUGCUCCAAUACCCAGAAAUCUUUUAUUUGAAACUCUUGGAUUUGUUGCUUUCCAGUGUUUUAGCCCGAUGACAAAAUAAAGCGUGUUUCAAAUCAAAAUUGUUUUGUUUGCUAU